UUUUUUGUUUGUAAAAAAAAAAGUGAAAUAGGUUUAAAUAGAAUAUUUGUGUAUUAAAUGGCAUCAAGUGAAGCUGUAGCCCAGUGGUAUUUUUUACUUCCCAUCACACAAGAGUUGUGGGUUCAAAACCCAUAACUCACACUUCUUUUUUUCUUUUUGUUCCUGUUUUCGUCAAAACUUAGAAUGCUUACUGGCUUCCCUCUUCCUCAUUCCCCCAAAUUGCAAACCCUAACUUAUUCCUCCUUCUCUUCCCGAAUUCCCGUGUUCCAGAGUACCGGACUUCCGGCUGUCCGCACUCCGCCGCAUCCGAGCAACGCAGCCUCGCAGUCGCAGUCCCUCAGCCUCGCAGAGCCCCUCAGUCUGGUAGUGCCGUACAGCCGUAGUGAGGACUGUAGCAGACAAGCAGUAUAUGCCAUUAUACCAUGAGUUUAGAGUCAUUUUGGAAACGUGCCGGGAAGUCACAAAAGUCUUCAACUUGUUCUUCACCUAGUUAAUUACAAUUUCAAACUUCCGAAGUUUCGAACCCACACUUCAAAAAUCCUGGAGACGCCACUGCGUUGAAUCUAGUUCUUGUAUCCCCCAUUGAAGCAGCUUCUGAGGAUUCAACUAUGAAAUCAGAGCUCUUUUCCCUGGGCCCAGGGCUGCCGCCCCUCCUGCCCUUCCUCAGGGACGGGCCUGGCCAUUCCUUAAGUGAGAAAUGGUCUGAUGAAGAAGAAGCAGAUAUAGAGGGCACAAAAGGUAGAAAGAAAUAUGUUAAAGAUGAAGAAUUUGGGGUCUUGGAUUUAUAUAAUAAGAAUUGUCAGCAAAGUGGUGAGUACGAUAGAAGAUAUGAAAUGGAUGAAAGUGAAUUAAGGCAUCCAUUGGUGAGAGAAAUUUGUAGGCUGGUUGGGCUGAGAUUGAAUUGGAACCCUGACCUUGAAGGCCAGAUGAAGAAUUUAUUGAGAAGCCUUAAACCCCGUCAAGUUUGCGCAGUUCUUCAUUCUCAAGAUGAUGAAAGGGAAGCUUUAGAGUUCUUCUAUUGGGCUGACAGGCAAUGGCGUUAUCGCCAUGACCCAGUUGUGUACUAUGCUAUGCUUCAAAUUCUCGGCAAGACUAAAUUAUGUGAGGGUGCUCGGAGAAUCCUUCAUCUUAUGCGUAGGAGGGGUAUCCAUCGCACUACAGAAGAUUUUCAAUAUUUGAUGAUUUCUUAUAGCAGGGCAGGGAAAGUAAGGCAUGCUAUGGGGGUUCUUAGAAUGAUGCAUAUGGCCGGGGUUCAACCUAAUCUAUCUAUAUGUAACACUGCCCUUCAUGUUUUAGUGAUGGAAAACAGGUUGGACAAAGCAUUGAGAUUUUUAAAGAGGAUGCAAAUUGUUGGAAUUGCCCCGGAUGUUGUUACAUAUAACUGCUUAAUUAAAGGUUAUUGUAAUUUUAAUCAGGUGCGAGAUGCUAUCAAGUUGAUUGAGGAUAUGCCUCUAAGGGGAUGCACACCGGAUAAAGUUAGCUUUUAUACAGUAAUAAAUUACUUUUGUAAGGAGAAAAACAUGUCUGAGAUACGGGUCCUACUUGAGAAAAUGACGGCUUGUAAGUUGUUGCUAGAUAUGGUCACCUAUAAUAAUCUCAUUCAUAUGCUUUGCAAGUAUGGACACAGUGAUGAGGCUUAUGGUUUCUUAAAGGAAGCACAGGAGAGAGGAUUUCGGGUGGACAAAGUUGGUUAUACUGCGUUGGUUCACUCUUUAUGUCGGGAGGGAAGGAUAGACAGGGCAGAAGAAAUUGUUAAUGAGAUGUUUGAGAAAAACUGCAUCCCAGACGUAGUGACUUACAGUGCUAUUGUAGAUGGAUUUUGUAGAGCGGGGAGGGUGGAUGAGGCUAAGGAAAAGCUCCAGCAAAUGUACAAGAAUGGCUAUAAACCAAACACUGUAUCAUACACAGCCUUGCUGAAAGGCCUUUGUCAAUUUGGUCGAAUUUCAGAAGCUCGAGACAUGAUCGAUAAGAGUGAGGAGGAAUGGUGGACCCCAAAUGCCAUCACAUACAGUGUUGUGAUGCAUGGUUUCCAAAGAGCAGGAAAAUUGUCUGAGGCAUGUGAUGUGGUUAGGGAGAUGUUGAUGAAAGGUUUUCGUCCAACUCCUGCUGAAAUCAAUUUGUUGCUUGUAUCGCUGUGCAGAGAAGGAAGAACAGAUGAGGCUAAAAGGUUCAUGCAAGAUUGUCUGAGCAAGGGAUGUGAUGUAAAUGUUAUAAACUUUACAACUGUUAUUCAAGGACAUUUUCAGAAGGAUGACUUCAAUGGUGCUCUUUCUUUACUUGAUGAUAUGUAUUUGGUCAACAAGAGCCCUGACAUUGUGACAUAUACAACAAUUGUUGAUGCAAUGGGCAGAAGAGGAAAAUUUGAAGAGGCAACUGAACUUAUAAAGAAAAUGCUGGGGAGGGGCAUACAUCCAAAUCCUGUUAUGUACCGAAUGAUAAUUCAUCGCUAUUGUCAGAAUGGCAGGGUGGAAGAUUUGUUAAAACUGUUGGAGAAGUUGCUGCCAAAGCAGCCCUACCAGACUGCUUAUAAUCAAGUUAUUGAAAAGCUUUGUAGCUUCGGGUAUGUAACUGAAGCUUACGGCCUUCUGGGUAAAGUUCUGAGAACGGCUUCAAGGAUCGAUGCUCAAACUUGCCAUGUGCUUCUGCAAAGUUAUCUGAAGAGAGGAAACCCUCUUUUGGCAUACAAAGUUGCUUGUAGGAUGUUUAGGCGGAACUUAAUACCUGACCCAAAGUUAUGUAAAAAGGUGAGCAAGAAACUGACAUUAGAUGGAAAUAUCAAAGAGGCAGAUAGUCUUAUGGUCCAGUUUGUUGAGCGUGGCCUUCAAUCUCCUUGUUGAAUAACUUGCUGAACGACCAAGUACUUGUCUGUGUGUGAUCGAAGAUUCGCAGGCUUUCUUUCUGGAGCCAGUUGUCAUUUUCUCCGACCACUAUUUUUGUCAAGGUCAUAAUGUGACAAAAAAUACAUCUGGAAAUCCUUUAAUGGAAUUUGAAGCCAAAUCUGCUAGGAUGGGGCAUGGAAGUUCUAGUUCGAUUUUUUGUAUUUGGGCCAGAAGAGGAUGAGUGGGUUAAUGUUCGCAAACAUGUAAGACAGAGGACUCUUCCAUGUGAAUCAUCAAGUGUGUUGCAGUUCUUCUUUGGGAUCUCAUCCUCUGCUUUCAGGAAGGUAAAGAGCAGGCUCUUUACUUUGAUGCUCAAAGGCAAUACAUGCUACAGGUCUCUGAUCCGUUACGAUCAUGAUCAUUCUUGAGGUACUUCUGCACAUCCAUGUUUCCGCUACUCAUGAUACUCUACAAGAUCUCUAAAUGCCAACCUUAGACCAACAUGGUAAAGUAGUAUAGACAACAUUUCAUGAUAUGAGAGCUGGAAUCAGAUUUUUGCGUUGUAUACUGCACGGUUGCACCUAAGGGCUUAGUUGACUGAGGUGGCAAUGUUGAUUGUUUACCUAAUUUGCUUAUUGCCCUGCAUCCGUAUCUGAUGGUGCUUCACUGCUUCCUGAUGGUGGCAAGGGAAUGUUUUUGGCACCUACUUUAUGCUAGGAAAUACCCUAUUGUUACCUGUUUCGUCUCUUUAUUAACCCAAUUCUAUGGGAUGUCACACCUGUAUGGCUAUAUCUUGUAAUGGGUAUGGUAUGAUAUAUGCAUGCAGUCUCAAGGUAUCAGUCUACUGAAUCCCUGGUCUAUACACAGGAUCGUUAUAAUUAUAGGUGGACUGAGCAAUAAAUUAACACGUGCAGGCAUUGCAUGUCUACUAACAAUUAGAAUGUCGGUUGCUCUUCAAUCUUAAUGAGAUGAUGGUCAUUGUUUGAAGUUAUUUCUGGGAGAAUUAUUAUCCUUGUUCAAUAAUCAAGGUGUUAUGUGAGAUUUUACAACCGGCUUAUCUAUGAACGUAGCACUUUUAGCAAUAGUUUUUGUAUUCCUUUGUGCUGAUGCAGGUGUCCAUUUAAGGUUUGCCUUAAUGUUCAUUUACCAAUCUUUUCA